AUGGACGGCCUCGCGCUCUUCAAGCUCGUCUCGCUCGUGAGCAUUUGGGUCGUCGGCUUCGUCGGCGGCGUCCUGCCCUUCUUCAUCCGCCAGCACAACCGCGUGCUCAUGAGCCAGCUCAAUUGCAUGAGCGGUGGCGUCUUCCUCGCCGGCGGCUUCAUGCAUCUGCUCCAUGCGGCGAUCGAGAACCCCGGCCUCGUGCGUUGGUCGACGAUGGACGAAGGCGCGUAUGCGUUUCCGUAUGCAGAGAUGUUUUGCACGAUCGGCUUCCUCGGCGUCUUGAUCGUCGAGCAGCUCGCGCACGCGCUGCAGGCGCAAGGCCAUGCCCAUGUCGAGCCCGACACGACGAGCGAGGACAGCGACGAUCACAAGAUGGACAGCGCGCCGUUCCUCGAGCAAGUCGAGGCAGCGACGCCACCUGUGGCCAAGAAAGGCCGGAAAAAGUCCCACGACGGCCACAUUGCGUUCGACAAGAACGCAUCAGGCACCGUGGCCUUUGUGCUCUUUGUCGCUCUCUCGUUCCACUCAGUGCUCGAAGGCCUCGGCAUCGGCGCCCAGUCGCAGCCAGCGUGGGGCGUCUUCCUCGCGAUCAUCAUCCACAAAGGCCUCGCCGCCUUUGCGCUCGGCACGGGCAUGCUCAAGAGCCAAAUGAAUAAGACCAAGUUUCUCAGCUACAUGCUGCUCUUCUCCCUCAUGAGCAUCUUUGGCAUCAUCAUCGGCUGGGCCGUGAACGCGGCCGAGUCAUCCGAAGACUCGGCGGCCGCGGGGAUCUGCCUCGCACUGGCGUCUGGGACGUUCAUCUACGUGGCCGUCAUGGAGAUCAUUCCGCAAGAGUUUUCGCACGGCAAGUCGAGCCUCAAGAAGACACUGCUGCUCUGCGCUGGGUACGCCGUCUUUGGCGCGAUCGCCAAGUGGUCGUAG